GUUACAUUUACAGCAAUGUUCAAUGCCAGCAUGUCGUCGCACAGGCACCGACGCACCGUACAACCCGAUCUUCGCAGCAAAGUAUGUUCCUUUAUACGGUCAUGUGGGUGUGGUGGUUCUACGCAACUGGUACCAAGCAUGCUCAUCAGCUGGAGGGUGCUUGCGUGCUUGCCGAUCCUGCGUACGAUCGUGCAGCUUCUGACGGUGCCGUCGACAUGGCAGCCGUAACCGACGGGGACGCAACGUCCGAGAUGGAAAAUUGGAUGGGCAACCUGCCGGAGGAGCUGCACAACGUACCGCUGAACCAUCUAGCUAUACCAGGAUCGCAUGACAGCUGCAGUUAUACCAUAUCACCGCAAGCAGAAAUAGCGCCGGACAACGAAUACUACGGCAACAAGCUAUUGAAACUGCUGGGUCCCAUUGGAAAACAGAUCAUGUACAGCUGGUCAGUCACUCAGAACAUCACCACAAAGGAGCAGUUGCAAGCUGGUAUCCGCUACUUCGACAUAAGGAUAGCCGUCAGGAAGGAUCCCAAAGACGAAAAUUUGUACCUGAUACACGGGCUCUUCGGAGCCGUCGUUGACAACUUCCUCGUGGAAGUUAAGGAAUUUCUGGAAAAUCACAAGAAAGAAGUCAUACUAGUCCACUUUCAACACUUCUACAACAUGACGGACACCGACCACAACCGCCUCCUGAACAAGUUGACGAGCGCGUUCGGCCCACUUAUGUGCCAAUUCACCACAGACCUGGACAACAUCACUCUUGCAUCACUGUGGCGACGUGGAUAUCAGAUGAUCACCUUCUACGGUCACGAAAAGUUGGCAAAGUACCAUCCGUACCUCUGGCCUACAAGCUACAUCCCGAACCCUUGGCCAGAUGAAGACGACGCAGCGCGCCUGGUCACGUUUUGGAACCAAACCUUGCAGCAGGGACGCGAUCCCAAGGCGUUCUUUGUGCUCCAGGCCGUUGGCACUCCUCAACCUUCAACGGUCACCAUGCACAUCUGCAAUAGCCUCAGGGUCUACGUCGUCCCAAAGGUGAACGCAGUCCUUGAAAGCUGGCUUUCCAGCCAAGUGCCAGGUAGUGGUAAUCACACUUGCAACAUCAUCAUGUCCGACUUUGUGGAGAUGAACAACUACCGAAUUCCGAAAAUGGUGGUGGAAAUGAAUCGGAAGCUCUUGGAAAAUGUGUCUGCCAGUGCGGGAGACGAGAUGGUGUGACCUGAAAGGAGUAAGCCGACUGUUGACUCUGCUUACAUACGCUGCUUUCGCAUGUUGCAGGGACGUAUUGUACGCUGCUGUUUGAGCAAAAAAAGAAGUUGUAUAUAUUGAGGCACUUGUGUGCUACUGGGGAAUGAUUGUUAAAAGCAGGCACAUUGCAGAGAUUCUUUCUCUUUGUGACAGUUGUCUGUCCCGUAGCUUUAAUUAGCAGGUCGGAGCAAAACAAGCGUAGACAUUCAGUAGAGUUAGCAAGAAUCCUCGCAGCAUUGCUAACGGCCUCGAAAUCCUCACAAACUACGAGACCUGUCGAGUGUGUCUGCUCUUAAUGACUUCCCAUGCUUAAAUAUGUGCCUCAUGUUUUAGUGAAGAAGCGCGACGUUGCCUGAAAGUAUUUUGCACGGCACACGCUUGCUCAGCACACGGCAUUUUUCUCACUCAUCUUUUUGUGAUGCUUUUAUCCGAGCUAAUGCAAGUUGUUGGUGCCUGCUCAUGUCGCAAUAACGUCUUUUUAUCAGCUUCUUCUUUACGUAUGACGACACAAUCCAUUAUGAUUUUAGCUUGUGUCAGCAGGCAGAGCGAAGCUGUUCCUUUUUAUACCAAGAUGCAAUGGUCCUGAAUGUUGUGACGUUGUCUGUUGAAUGUGCGGUCCCACAAAGAACAAUGUUGCAGUUUGCUGCGUUGGCAUGUUUUUAAUAUUAUACAAAGUGUCCUACCGAAUAUUUGGGCCCUACACCCACUCACUAAUGAUAACGUUUAAAAAGGAAGGGCUGGUGGUGACUAAAGAGGGGAAUUCCCUCCUGCAGACACUGUAAUCCUUCAGGGUGGUUCAUUUGGUUCCCACGUUUCAAGGCAUGGGAACCAAAUUUUCAAGCACGAAAGACAUGUUUAAAUAUGCGAGCUGUUUCCUUUGCCACAUUGACCACCAUAUCGAGCUACGUGUGAAGCUGGGACCUUUUUUUAUUGCCGAACAAUUCCUGUAUGUCGUUGAUGUGUUCUUGUGUACUUGUGUACGUACUGUUGUCACAAGCUGAAAUGAACACAGGUUAUUGAAAGCAAGAACAUGCUUUUGCAUUUCUAUAUUCCUUGCUGGGAAUUGUGACUGUGUGUUUCGGGGAUACGGUGUUUAAAAGCAUGGUAUGUCGCGACGUAUGCUGCACUUGUGCAUAAUCGCGUAUAGCGUCACUUUUAUCCUGUUCGCAUUUCAACUUGUGACAAGGAAUCACACCAGUAUGUCUAAGAAGUGGCAUCGAGCUCUACGUGCUGUUGGACAAUGAUGCAUAUUACUUUGUUAUGCAAUGUGCAACAUUCUACGUUAGAAUGUUUCCUAUGGUGGAAACCUAAGGCUGUAGUCGUAUGAUCAUGUAGCAGGUGAUUUCCUUCGUAAAGCUCUACGACACUUUAGAAAUUAUUUCAUGCUAGAUAUUAUAUCUUUAUUGUCAUGGCAUGAUCUAUAGAGUGCUAUUUAUACACUGACUCCAGUCUGUAUACGCGGUGCUGUUUAUUUUUCUGAGAUUUUUUAGGAGUCUUAGAGUAUUAGAAUGCUAUUUUAUAUCGUAUGCUAUCGUCUUGCAAAAAUAUUUACAGAAUUUUUUUUCUACUAUAUUGCUUAAGUAGCCAUUCAAACACACAUGUUAAAAGCAUGAAGUUUGGGUCCUGAUCGAGGUUGCAAUAUAAAAUGAAUACACUAUGUUGACUACUCAGCGGCAGUGUCAUAAUGAGCGUCACAUAGCAAAGAACCUUAAUGAAUGCGUUAUUAUUAUACCACUAUAAUAAUAUAAAUCAAGAGCACAUUGCAAGUGUUCAUCUUGAGAGGCUUUAUUUUGCAGCAGCUGUUUGUGAAAAACAAAAAUGUAAUACUAUCUAACAUUUUACUUAUAAAAUUUUUUAAUAAAUAUAUACACGGACAAUUUCAAAAGGUUGGUCAUACCAAACAGUUGGCUGAACUGAACAUUAUCAGGAAUCAAACAUCGAGUUCCCACAUGGAAUAGACCAAUCACAGGAUGAGUGUUUAAAAGUUUUCAAGGUAUGCUUAAUGAAUUUUUCAAGAGAAAGAGUCCUUUAAGAAUGUCUAGAGGAGUUUUCUGUUGGUCUGGUUAACAUACGUGGUAUCCAAGAUGAAAAGUAGUUCUAAGCACAGGUUAAUGGCAGAAUACCAGUGCUAAGCAUUGUUUUUUAACAUUUUUAUGACAAUACCAAUGUGCUAUGAAUUCAUUCAUGUCACCGCACACUUCAGUUUGACAGCAGACCAUUGCUGCUUUUGGCUACAAUGCAGUAGCUACCAAACCUGUGGUACCAGAAGCACUUGUCUGUAUGACAAAAUGUGUUUACGAUGGUAUCUUUACUUGUGCAAUAUUUCAACCAUGAAUCGUUUGUCGCGUUGAACGUGUUUUGCGGUUGCAUUCUGUGUUCGCUGUGUAUUUAGGUACAAGGAUGCUAAAACUUCACAUGGAGACAUUUUGCAAAGUACGUAGAAAUUGGCUCGUGGCGUGUUUGCCACUUUCAUAUGAAGUAUUUGUAAUCGUGGGCAUGACAGUGUGAUAUAAGAGUUGAAUUCGCGUAUGCCUGCAAACACUACUGAUAAGACACACCCACAUGUGAUUGUAUGUCACGGACCAUCUCAUUUUCGAAGUCUCCAGAAAAUGCUACAAAGCAUUUACAGAACGUGCAUUUAAAAAUGAAUAUGCCAGAGAUAUUUAAGCGCAGUGUUGCAUUUUGUCUGUGUGAUCAACUCGUAAUAGUGCAAACGAAAAAUAGCAGAAUUUUAUACAGGCUAGUGACAUUAAUGCUCUAAGGAACUGAAAUAGCUUUCAUGAACUGCGGUUUUCAAAAGUCACAAAAGCGAGGAUAUGUUAGAGCUACAUUGGCAAGACAGCAAUGAAAACGGGUGUUUGUGGCGAUAAGAAACGGGGUUGCCUGAAGUAAAAAAAAAGAGCGCAAGACAUCACCAAGGGAAAACUUAAGUCCUGAACAAGAGAAAUAAAUUAGUAAAUUAUGUAGAAAAAAAAAGUGGAAGAAGCUUGUUGUAUAGAGGAGCCCUACAUUGAUAUGGCAAAUUGGAAAAGGAAGCAGAAUUUUGUGACAAUCUCUGCUUUGGUUGGAUAGCAAAUUUCAUUGAGUCUCGUACUGUUCAGAUUCAAGUGUGCUCUUUGGCUGCAUGAAAUCUUCCACUCGUUCGAAUUUGACUAUACAAAAGCAGCGGAAUGUCACUGCCUAAACUAGCAGAGAUACAGCACACCAUUAGAUACAAAAUAAUCAACAUAAAGUAUUCCAUAAACUUAAGAACUAUUUUACAGCAAGCAGUAACUGCUGAAUAAGAAGCCCCUUUUUGCAACAUUUUUUCACCAGUGUUGCACGUCGGCAAAUAAUUCUAUAUGGUUUUCUCAGAAAGGGUAGUGGCUGCAUAUGUACACAUCUUUUUAUGCAAUAAACCGAAGUAUUGUAUCGGUUAUCUUUUGCCACUACGGGACACCCCAAACUUCCGAGAACUUCAACAGAAGUUGGGAAGUUUGAAUUAAUGCAAGUUAACCAUACCUCAGAGAGCAUAUCUACAUAAACCUGUUAUAGCAUUACCAAUACCGAGUACUCGUGCCAACUAAAAGUGCUGUUCAGAGCUAUUUGUACUACAUGCAAAAACAUACUGUACAGUUCACACUGAAUGAGCUUGGGCUAGUUGUACAGUAUGGUUCAAUUCUUGAAGGGAAUACACAGCUACUAGUGAAACCAGUUUAAGGUGGGGUGAGACUUUGAAAGCAAGUGUCAAAAUAUGGCUGUACAGCCAUAGUAAUAAAAGUUAUGGCUAUAAAAUUUGCGAGGAAUAUUAAAGAUAGACGCAGGUUGCAUUGGAGUUCAAAAUUAGUUCUAAAUUGUAUUUAGUGUUUUUUUUUUUAGUUUUUAUACGCAUGUACUUUUUUGUACAGAUGUACUAUUUGCAGAGCAUUGUAGUUUUGUACAAAGGUAGCUACCUACGCUUUACAGAAGUGGAACUAAAAUUGUGAGUGUACAAUAAAACUAGAUUUGCUAUGUUUAUUUACGUUUGUCAAAAAACGUGUGUUAAAAUUGCCACUUAUGAAUGCUUUUUUUUAUACUAAAAAAACACAAAUGCGCCUAGGCUACUGAUUCUAGUUCCAGUUAUGUAAAUGCCACUAAUUAACAUGGGUCAGAAUUUUUGUUUGCUUAUGCUUUAUAGUUCUUGAGAAAAAGGUACAGAAACCUCCAAAACAGUUUCAAGAAAAGUGUACUGACCACAUAGGGGUACACCCAUAUUUCCUGUCAGUGUGUUGAAGAAAAAGGACCAAAAAUUAUUUUUGAUACUGCAAGCACCCAAGUGGGAUAAAUUUUCUGAAAGAUAAAGAAAUUUUCUAUCACAUAAUUGGAAGAUCUCAAAACUGAAUUUUUUAACCAAACGAAGUCUUACCCCACCUUAAUUAAUGGCUGUCCCGCACAUUUAGCUAUCAUCCUUGCACUAACCUUCCGCAGUUGUACGUUAGGUACAUUUCAACAUGUGGAAACACCGGCUCUCGUCAGACGUCUGGAAGUGUCCGGCAUGUGCACAUGCUCGUUUUUCCUUUGUGUUUAUUGCAGCACAUUUCAGGAACUUUUUCAAGCUUUUUAUAAUUUUACUUUGCAGUUUCAGUGCAUCAGAGCAGCUUUUUGAAGGAAUUCAAAAUUUUUUGUUGUACAAGGCACCCACAGGAUGGUGCAUUUUAUGGAACAAAAACUUGCACAAGUUUACUUAAUCUGGAAACUAUUUCAGUGCAAAAAAACGAAUGAACAUCCUCUCUAGAUGACUAGCAUACAUCCUCAGAUGAAAGCGUUCGGAAGACAAAAAAAAGGUUAUAAGGACCCAAAAAAGAUUGGCCCCUGUAAUGAUGCCUACAACGUGAUCCUGGCUGUAGAUAUACUAAGCACUGUGCAAGAGUUCCAAAAAUAUGAAACAGACGAUCAUAAAAAAAAUUCGUGUUUGUUUUCACAAGUGCUCUUUUUCCGCAGUUUGAAAAACAGAUGAAACAGUUCCCAUCCCAAAAAAAAAACCCAAUGCUGAGGAGUGUCUCUCCAUGACUUAUGCGAUAUGUCAUCCGUAAUUGGUAGCCAGAUAUCAACCGCUGUGUUCUCUUUAAGAGUGGGCCAUGCUGUAGAUUUUGAUUACUAAACUGAGGCACAAAAAAACAAAUGUUCCUUGCACACGCUACACUGAAGACAGAGUUUAGCGUCCAAAUUUUUAUAAAUUUGCAGCUAUACAGUGAGGAAUUUCUGUCUUCGGUGAACCUUGGAGGUCGGCUUUACAAGGCAGCUCUGAAGACCCGCUUUUUAUGAUCCGAUCUGUAGAUGUCAGUAUAGUAACAUCUAUGAGCAGCCUCCGGUUUAGUAGGCUUACUCCUGGUUAUACUUCAGUUCCUGAAUACCUAGCAGUGGGCACAUCUUGUUGUGAGUGAAAGUCUAUAUCUUUGUAUAUUAUGAAUUAAAUAUGUCUGGUUCAUGACAGGGCUCUUUUUAAAGGUUGUUUUACACCCGGAAGUCUUAAAAGAGAUUGGGGGAAAAAAAGAAUUGUUCUCAUCUCGUAUAAUUCUUGGCCAAUAUCUGUUGUUAAAGAUAUAUAUGCAUAGCUUCUCUGUGUAUGCUUUUGAACAUGAACCUCGCUAGCACGAAAAUAAGGAAUGCCUAGUUUCCAUUUCCAAAUAUAAUAUCCUUGUGUUGUGAAAAGCCUGUUCCCUUACAUGCCAGAAACAUUGUAGCAUUUAUGUUAUGAUCUCUUCCCUAUUUAUGUUGAGAGUGAAAUAUAUACAUGAACGAUGAAUAAACAAACAUAAAAAAACAAACCACAUUGUGAAUCUCUCUCCUGCUGUGAAUCAAGUGCCUUUGUGAAACC